AUGUAUGUCAACUUGCUCCAGUCGGCCCUCUUGGCCAGCUCGGCGUUCAGCAUCUUUGCUGCUGCCAACCCUGUGCUUCCUCGAGGAGAUGGAACAACCACUGGCUGGGGUUAUGGCUCCGGAGGCUCCGGCGGUGGCAGCACCUCUGUAGGAGGUGGCAGCACUACCUCUGGUGGCGGCGGUGGCGGUGGUGGUGGCAGCACCGGCGGUGGGUGUACCCCCUCGACGACCACCCUCACAAUCACCAAAGGUGCUGGAAGUACUUGUCCUGCCGGUCCUACUUCGACCAUCACGAUCACCACCACCGGCGGCGGCGGCGGCGGCACCACGCCCGUCGGCCCCUGCACUGGCGCGACCACCGUCACCGUGACUACCGGAGGUGGAGGUGGCACUUCACCAGUCGGGCCCUGCACUGGUGCCUCAACCAUCACUGAGACUAAGACCACGACACUCACAGCUGGAGGCUCCGUGGUGACAUCCACCGUGGUUGAGACGACUACAGUUAAUGGAGGAGGAGAGACCAGUACUGUCACCCUCCCUGCAUCAACCGUGGUUGAAACCACAACCGUCAAUGGCGGUGAGACGAGCACUGUCACUCUUCCAGCAUCAACCGUGGUUUCAACAACAACGGUCAAUGGUGGUGAGACUAGCACUGUCACUCUGCCAGCAUCGACCGUGGUUUCAACAACGACCGUCAACGGUGGUGAGACCAGCACUGUUACUCUGCCAGCAUCGACAGUCGUCGAGACCACCACAAUCAACGGAGGGGAGACCACGGUCACUCGCACACUGCCAGGCUCAACGGUCGUUUCCACCGUCACCGCUCCAGGCCAAUCCGUGACCUCGACCGUUACCGAAACCACCACCGUCAAGGGAGGAGAAACCACCGUUACCCUGCCAGGCUCGACGGUCGUCUCAACAGUCACAGGGAAAGGGUCCACGGUGACAUCCACCGUCACCGAAACGACUACAGUCAAUGGCGGAGGUAGUUCGACCAUUACCUCAACGGUCACUGAAACGACCACCGUCAAUGGCGGAGGCGGCUCGACCGCUACCGAAACCGUUACCUCUACCGUUGUAUCGACUGUGACUCAGGGUGGAAAUGGCGGUGGCAGCACCGGUACUGUAACUGCCACCACGACCGUCUUCCAGACAGGAUCGUGCACUCGAAGUGGCCCGACGUUCACCAGCACUUGCACCGUCACUUCCUGGGCCACACUUGGGUCCGGCUACGGCAGCGGUAGCGGUAGCGGCACCGGAAGCGGCACUGGCAGCGGCGGUUACUCUACGACCGCCGCAAGCUCUUCCGGAUGGAAGAGAAGCUACUUCGCAUGA